AAUUUUCAACAUUUUGAGAUUUGCAAGAUAUCAAAAUGGCGGCUACACGGGAAAUAAAUCGAAGUUCGAUAUACGAAGGGAGAAUCGAUAUAAUUCGAUGAUAAAUCGAUUCGAUAAGUUUAAUCUCAGAAGGAGGAUCAUUUUUAAUUUGAUAUUUACGAUCUCCCACGAGUCGAAGGUCAGAAUUAAGGAAAGAUAUUUUCGUCCGCUCGUAAAAGCCGAUGAGAACGGGGGUUUCUUUAGCGGUACAGCCGAAGCAAUUUUGAUAAUCGCAAGGCUCGUGGUCAUAACCUUAGCCGCCAUUAUCUUGGCCACCGCUUUUUUAAUAAUCCCACUGACAAACUCUCAAGUUUUUCCGACUAUCCUUCGUAAAGUAAUCACAUUCUUGGGUCCAACUUUUAUCAAAUUUGGUCAAUGGAUAUCAACGAGAAAGGAUCUAUUUCCCGAAAAUAUUUGUAAUUCUCUCGUACAAUUACAACGUAAUGCAUCACAUCACUCAUGGUUGUAUACUAAAAAUUUACUCAAAGCAACCUACGGACCAAAUUGGAGAGACAUUUUUGUCAAAUUCGAGGACGACACUCCAAUUGGUUCGGGAUGUUGUGCCCAGGUUUACAAGGCGUGGGUUGAUCUCAACGUUCAUGCAGGAAGGAUACAAGAGCCUCGGCUAUCGCGUUUCGUUGAAACUAUCGAAUAUUUAAAUAUGGGACACUUCUUCACUUUAUUGGAAAAAAUAUUGACCAGAGAGGAACACGAAAAGAUUGAUCAAAUUGGUAGAAAAUUGCAGCCAGUUGCCGUUAAGGUCCUUCAUCCUGGUAUCAAAAGUCAUAUGAAGAGAGAUUUAAAAAUAAUGCGAAUGAUUAGUAAACUCAUCACGUAUUUCGUACCGGAUUUACAUUGGCUGAGUUUAACCGAUUGUAUCGACGAAUUUUCAUUGAUGAUGGAACAACAAGUCGAUAUGAGAUUAGAAGCAUAUAAUUUGAUUAAAUUUACGAAUAAUUUUUUGAAAAGAAACGAAAUAACAUUUCCUCGACCUUACAUGGAAUAUACGCGUAACGAGAUAUUGGUUGAAACUUUUCACGAGGGAUCACCUAUAUCCGAUUAUUUCGAUUAUGAAAAUAAUAAUGUACAACGUAAAUUGGCGAAGCUGGGUAUUACGAUGAUUCUUAAAAUGGUAUUCAACGAUAAUUUUAUACAUUGCGAUCUCCACCCGGGUAACAUUUUGGUCCAGGAAGUAAAGAAACCGACAUCUACUUUUCUUGAUCUUUUUUUGAGAGUCAUUAGCUCUGAUUAUACGGAGAAUGAUCCGAGACUGGUAAUACUCGACUGUGGUUUGGUGGUAUCUCUGAACGACCGAUGUCGAAAAAAUCUUCGAGAUGUCUUUCGAUCGGUAUUGAUGGGAAAUGGUGAACUCGCAGCGGAAUAUAUAUUGGAACAUACAUUACACAUGACACCGGAUCCAGAUGGUUUUAAAACUACGAUGAACGAAAUAGUGACGAAUCAUCUUAAAAAUCAUACCAAUUUAACUAACGUGAAUGUAAGUACCGUUGUGUCUGAAUUAUUUUCCGCGAUGGUUCGUCACCGGGUGAAGCAGGACGGAUCCUUUAGCAGCGUGAUUCUCAGUAUGGUAGUGAUCGAGGGGCUCGGCCGAAGUCUAGAUCCUAAUAUCGAUAUCUUUGCCGAAGUACUUCCAUUUGUUUUCAAUAAUACCGUGUGCGGUUAAAAAACAAUCAAACGAAAAGAAAGGGAAGAAGAACGUUCCUGUUAAUUAUACAUUGGAUGUUACAGUACGUAUUUAUAUAAUUUCAUUUUUUAUUCAAUAUUAUAUCUGAUAUAACAGUAAUACGUUGACGACGUUAUACGAUCAGAUAAAACAGAUAAAAUACGUAUAUUUUAUAAACAUUCAUUUAUU